AGAGCCGUACAAAUAGACCAUAACAACUGUAGGAGAUUAAGUGUCUCAAGGCCACAAGAAAAGUAAACACCAAGUAACAGAGGCAUUCACCACAUGAUAAGAUCAAACAGUGCCAUAAUUAUUGUGCUUUAGGAAUCUUGUGAGACCAAGGAAUGAAAGCAGUUUCAGUGUAAAUUAAGUGAUUUUCACAAAAAGGCACAUAAUAUAACAUUUUUAAGAUGAAAUUAUGUACUAUAGUGCUUCAUUCAUGUGUCAUAAAUACAAGCUGUAAGAGAUUAGUAAGCACCAAAUCAUCUACAAAAUUAAGUGUGUGUAAUGAAAAGUGCUUUCACCUCCUUGGAAAACCUGCUUGCAGAAAGUACCAUGCACGAAAUGGUGUUUAUGGUUAUUUUUCUAGAGUGAAGAAUGAUUACAAAGUUCCAGAACAUGUUAUAGAGGCAAGAAACAGGAAUGGUAACUUAUGCAGACUUGUUCAAGCAUACCGAGAGCAUGGACAUAAGAAAGCUGAUAUAAAUCCUAUAUCCAUAGAGGAAACAAGGGAUGUUCCAGAGCUUAACUACAGGCUUUAUGGGCUCACUGAGGAUGAGAAUUAUAAUACCUCUGGAAUUUUGUUAAUGGACGCAGAGACUGGGUCACUGAGUGAUAUACUUCAUUUUCUACAUAAAACUUAUUGUGGUCCACUUAGUGCAGAGUUUAAUUAUCUUGAGGAGGAAGAGGAGCGAGAAUGGUGGGCACAGCGAAUGGAGAGGCUAUCAUCUGAAGAAUUAGAUAGUGGUCUCAAGAAAAACUUAGCCAAAGAACUAUUAAAGUCACAAGCAUUUGAUAAUUUUCUGGCUACUAAAUUUGUUACUGUAAAGAGGUAUGGAGGAGAAGGAGCUGAAAGUAUGAUGGGAUUUUUUAUAGAACUAUUGCAGUAUUGUGCCUCAGAUGGUCUCGAGGAAAUAGUUAUUGGAAUGCCACAUAGAGGGAGGCUAAAUCUUCUUACAGGCUUAUUUGAAUUUCAUCCAGGUCUGAUUUUUAGGAAGUUAAAGGGAUUACCAGAGUUUCCAGAUGAUGUGAAAACAUGUGGUGAUGUUAUAAGCCAUUUUGUGUCUUCUGUGGACUUAAACAUCAGUGGAAGGCCACUUCACAUCACAAUUUUGUAUAAUCCCUCACAUCUGGAGGCUGUGAAUCCAGUGUCAAUGGGAAAGACAAGAGGACGACAGCAAACAGUUAAUGAUGGAACUUAUUACAGGGAGCACCAGCCAUCAGAUAAAGUUCUGAAUGUGCAGGUUCAUGGUGAUGCAGCAUUUACGGGUCAAGGUGUCAAUCAAGAGACUCUGCAGUUAUGUAAAGUGCCACAUUUUGAAGUAGGAGGCACUGUCCACUUAAUUGUUAACAAUCAGUUAGGUUUCACAACACCUGCAGACCGAGGUAGAUCAUCAAGAUAUCCAUCUGAUCUUGCAAAGAUGAUUUCAGCACCUGUUUUACAUGUGAAUGGCGACUAUCCUGAGCUGGUUGUCAAAGCAACAAGAAUUGCCAUGGAAUAUCAAAGAAAAUUUAGGAAAGAGGUAUUCAUUGAUCUCAACUGUUUUAGGAGAUGGGGACAUAAUGAACUUGAUGACCCAACUUUCACAAAUCCUGCUGUAUAUAAUAUUAUCAAUUCCAGGAGAUCUGUUCCAGAUUUGUAUGCUGAAUCUCUAGCAAAUGAGGGCAUUCUUUCUACUGAAGAAGCUAAAGAGAUAACAGGAAAACAUACAGAAUGGCUAAAUAACAUUUUAAAAACCACAGACAUGUAUAAACCUGAGGCAGCAUAUUUCAAAAAUCUGUGGUCCAAAAUAAAACAGGCUCCUGCUGCAGUGACUACAUGGGAUACAGGUGUUGAUGAACAACUUCUGCAUUACAUAGGCAUAAAAUCAGUUACCUACCCAGAUAAUUUUUCCAUUCACUCACAUCUACAAAAAACACAUAUCCAAGGACGCCUGAAGAAACUGGCUGAUAGAAGCAACAUUGACUGGUCUACAGCUGAAGCAUUAGCAUUUGGGUCUUUGUUAUAUCAAGGAUACAAUGUUCGCAUUAGUGGACAGGAUGUGGGUAGAGGUACAUUUUCACAUCGGCAUGUGAUGUUGGUAGACCAGUCAACAAAUGAAAUGUACAUUCCACUGAAUGAUUUAGUGGAGGGGCAGGAGGGACACCUUGAGGUAGCAAAUAGUAUACUGUCAGAAGAAGCUGUACUUGGAUUUGAAUAUGGAAUGAGUAUUGAAAACCCAAAUCGUCUUGUUAUAUGGGAAGCUCAGUUUGGAGACUUUUUUAAUGGUGCUCAAAUACAAAUAGAUACAUAUAUCACAGGUGGAGAAAGUCGAUGGAUGACCUGUUCUGGCUUAGUAAUGAUGUUACCUCAUGGUUAUGAUGGUGCUGGGCCUGAGCAUAGCUCAUGUCGCAUAGAGAGAUUUCUGCAACUGAGUGAUUCCAGUGAGACUACACCAGAUGGUGAUGAUGUUAAUAUUCAUAUUGUGAAUCCUACAACACCAGCUCAGUACUUCCACUUAUUAAGGAGACAGGUUCUUUGGCCUUACAGAAAACCUUUGAUAAUUGUAACUCCAAAAACAUUGUUGAGAUUGCCUGAGGCAACAUCAUCAUUAUCAGAUAUGUCUCCUGGCACUACCUUCUCUCCUGUAAUAGGGGAUGAUAAAGUGAAUGCACAGAAUGUAACAAAAAUUAUAUUUGUCAGUGGAAAACAUUACUAUGCUCUGGAAGCACAGAGACAGAAGUUGAACGUGAAAGAUGUCGCAAUUGUGAGAGUGGAAGGACUGUCACCUUUUCCUCUUAAGCAGUUACAACAGGAAAUUGCAAAAUAUAAGUUUGCAAAAGUGUUCAUUUGGAGUCAAGAAGAACAUCAGAACAUGGGUGCAUGGAAUUUUGCAAGAACUCGAUUUGAAAAUCUUCUUGGUAGAAAGUUAAGAUAUGCUGGAAGACCACCUCUAGCAGCAGCAGCUGUUGGCGUUGCUCAAUGGCAUCAGAAGGAAGCACAAAGUGUGAUUAGUCUACCAUUCAUUACGAAAUAGGUAGUACCUGAAUCUCAUUGCAGUUAAUAACAAUGAUAAACAAUUAAGAGAGACAUUUUGCUCAGUUACAAUGAUGUAUUUUUUUAACACUAAAGCAGCACUGCUUUAUUUCUUUAGUUUGUUUUGUAUGAUUUGAUUUUUAUUUUGGCCAUAUAAUACAUUCUGUGUAAGGGAUGUAUCUGUAACAUAGAGCAGAUCAGGGAAUAUAGUAUUGCAUUAACCUUUUUACCUAUGUAAGAUCCUUUCACAAUGGACAUUAUUUUAGUUAUUUCUGUGAGCAGCUGUGUGAAUUUUUUGUUACAACCCACUGACGGGCAUAAACAAUGUCUUAGGCGUACAUUUUAUUUAUCUGACAUCCUUUACACAUAGAUAAUACUUUAGUUAUGUUAUUGUGUUGCUGAUCCCUACAUGGAAAUUAAAAAUGACAUCAACAUUCA